AAAGUUAGCCACAGUGGAUCAGUAUGCAUAAGUAGCAGCCGCCUGAUGGCGUUUAUUUUAUUCGCUCCCUGCACGUUCAUUGUUUUUGUUUCAUUUCGUGUAGAAGCCAAGUACAGCUCUGCUUGGUACCCGCAAUUCUAAGCGUUGAAUUGAUGUAGAUGUUCCUGAUGAAAAGUUGCUCGUAUUGUUCAGAUUUUGAAAGAGAAUUACGCAUGAACCCUUGGCAUGCUGUAUCAUGCUACCGCUCAAUAUUUUUUCGCUUCAACAAUAAAUAAUGUUCGCACGACGACACAGCCGGAGCUCCUGGGCCCGGGCACAAGAAAAGCCGACCCCGCUGCCACGGGCGUUGCCCCGCGUACUAACGGAGGGAUCAUGCGUCCUUCGACGGGCAGUAGCCUUUCUCUGCACGACCGCGCUUCUCGCCCACGUAGACCACACGACGACCCUCUGGAGGGCUGUACUGGCGAAGAGCUUUUACGACGUCCUGGAAGUGAACGAGAAGGCGGAUGUUUCAGAGAUCAAGAAGUCGUACCGAAAGUUGGCGAUGAAGUACCACCCAGACAAAAACGACCCCGACGACCAGGCCGCGGCGGAAAAGUUCAAGGAGAUCGCGGAGGCCUACGAAAUUUUGUCCGAUCCGCAGAAGCGAAAGCUGUAUGAUGACAACGAACUGCACGGUAGUUCUGGACCGAGCCAUCAUGGGCAGCAGGGCGGACCGGGCGGUCGUCCGGGCGGCUUCCACCACCCCUUCGGAGGGCCGGGCGGGUUUCACUUUCACUUUGGAGGUGGAGGUAAGUAGGUUUUUUUUCGUAUAUUUUCUAAUGUGCAUUUUUUGCAUAGAUUGAGGAUGAGCUUCUGAAGGCACGUUGUGCGAGAUAAAUCGCAUCGGUGGUAAAGUGCUCCUGCCCUCUCGUCUACUACUGCUGCUUGAUCACGUAGCAGUACCAGGUGGAAAAUUACCAUGAGCUCCUGCCACAUGGCUUUCGUUCCUCUGUGAAUAUACGACAAACUAAAAAACGUCGUUCUUUUCCCGCAGGCGGUCCCUUUGGCGGGUUCGGCGGUCCCUUUGGCGGGUUCGGCGGGUCGGGCGGCAGCGCGAACGAUUUUCCGGGCACCCGCGUGCGUCACAUGGGGGAGCUGGACGACAAACUCCACGCGCCGAACAAACUGUUGCUUUUUCACGUCUACGGUGCCUUCCGCCAACUGUAUGGGCCCUGGAUGCGCAAACUGUUUCCGAAAGACGGCGGUAGUGGUAACGCGAAAAACUUUCUCGAGUUGUUUCACGUGGACAUCUUUCGCUCGCAGGACGAAAUCACGCAAGACUUGUUGCGGGUCCGGAGGUACCCCGCCCUGGUCUUCUACUACGACAACCGGCGCGUAGAAUUUGUCGACUACCAGCUCAGCGGCCAGCAACUGCAGCUGGAGCAGCGCUUGCAGCGGUUUGCCGCGGAGAAGGUCGUGAAGCUCGGGACAGGUGCUGGAGCGGCUGCAACGGGUAGUAGUAGUGCAACUAGAAGUGGUCACGCGACCGCCGGUUCAUUUUUCCCAGUACCACAAAUCGACUUCCAGCAGGGCGCCACACUGUUCACCGCUGGGGACCUGGAAAUGUUGCAGCGGUACCAUCCGGGUGGGUCGACGCAACUCCGCUUGGUGUUCGCCCUUCCCCCGCAGCUGAGCCUCUCGCUGCACACUUUCCUAACGGUUAGUAGCACUAGCAAAGAUGUAGCUGCACAACCUUCCCCGCCGGGCGGAAAAUACGUGGUGCGAACGCUGUUUCCGCCAGGCGUGGACAUGGACGCAGUCUACGAAAACCUGCUGCACCCCGUGUUUGCCGCGCUGGGUCUGCUGGCGCUGUUUUCCCCCCGAUUUCCCUACCCCUCCGGACGGGAGCACUUCGAGGUGUCGCGGAAGUUGCGCAACCUGAAAAAGAAAAAACCGUACGAAGACGCCGCCGCGCGGCAAGACGCGCUGUCCGCCACGAACCAGGUGUUCGUCUUCGAUCCUUUCAGCGCGACCCCCGAGAACGCGGUGGCCGUGGUGCCCUUGGAAACCGAGGCGAACGGCGUGGACUGGGACCUGUCCGGGCUCGGGAAGCGCCUCGGCGCGGUCGUGAAGGAGAGGCCCAUCGUGGGCCUCGAUGCGGAAAGCGGGAAUCUGAAACAGCUCGACGGGGAGCGGUUUUUGGGCAUUGCCAGCUCGGUGUUCAACAACUUUCCUUCUAAUAUUGCGCCAGAUAGUACAGGUACACCCUCACCACCGGACCGAGGUGCUCAAGACCACCCGAGCAGCAGUACUAAGACACAAAAACCUCAUCAAUCCUCCAGCACUACAACGCCCGAGCUAGUUCUCAAGGUGCUGACUGGCGCCUGUCGGAAAUUGCGGCGCAGAGAGGUGAUCAAGCGUUGCGUCGUGCUCGACGAAGGAGUGUCCGAAGUGGCGAAAACACACACGCUGUUCUCCGUGAAAGCACCUGCAGCUCGUCUUGACGCUGCAAAUAGAAGUAACAAGCGUAGUAGAACAAGUACUAGUAGAGGACAUCAUGCGGCAGAGAGCACGUCCGCGGACGCGUCGUCCAGUCCUGAAACCUUCUCUUCGUGGCAGAUAGAGGCGCCGCUACGACCGGGUGCUGGUGAAGACAAAAACAACAUGAAAACGAAAGAGCAGAUAGACGAUAAUUAUUCCAUGAGUUGUGACUUGUCCUUCCUCCUACGGGACGAAGAUAAUUCGAGCAGGUACUACUCCCGUAAUUCUUUUUCGGUGCAACAGCAAAUCGACAAGUUGGUCACCGCCUGCACGAUGUUCUUUUCCCAGCUCCAAUCGGAAGACCUGCAGAGGACGAAGAAUGGUGGCCGUGGGGCCACUACCACUUCCACUGCUAGUACCUCCUACUCGUUCCAGCUUCCUCCUCGUGUGCACUCGCUGGAGCCUCCGCCAGCUUUCUACCAUCCGAAGUUUUUCUACAAUCUCGUGUUCCAACAGGGUACUAUCAGCUACUUAAUCGAGCUCCUGUUCACAGGCGAAUGGGAUUUUACAAAAUUGUUCGCCUUGUUGCAGGGUCUGGUCCUCUUCCUGCUUUUCCUCGCGCCGUUGUGGCAGAAGGAGCCCGGGCGGCGACUGGGUGGGGAAGGCCAGCAGGACGGGGAUCUGCAGCGAGUGCCGACAAGCAGUGGGUCUAGUACAGCUUCGACUUCGCAGGAACAGCGCAGAGACUUUAGUAACACAUCCUCUUCUGGAUCUGGUGAGAUAAUAAACAAUGCCGGAAGUACUAGAAAUAACGACGCCACUUCUACGACAACUGCGAGUCGUGGACGUGGUGUUUCUGGCGACGAGGUAGAUCAUCGCGGUCUUCGUAAUUCCAACGGCCAGGGCUCUGGGUCAAAACCUACUGCGAGCUCGUCCUUCUACGCCGACAAUUCUUGCGACCAGCGGCAGACGAACGUGGUUAUAUCCACAAGUCGAGCCCUGAACGACUUGGUCCUACCUGCCAUCGGAACGGGCGAUCCGCAAAACCAGCCGCAGAUCGUGCUUCUGGCGAGCGGGCUCUUCAAGCGCAAGCACCUGCAGGCAAUGCAGAAGGUGCAGUCGAAUAGUCGAAUCUUGUGUGCAGAAUUGGACCCAUCCGUCGUGGCGAGGGAAAGGGAGCAGGAGAAGGAAAACCUUGGGAUGAACAAUCGACAGCAGACUGGAAUAAGUAACCGCAACAGCAAACCAGGAGGUAAAAAUAGUUCAGCGACCAGUGCAAGAACUUCUUCUAUCAUCAACGACUUUAUUCUCAUUUGCGUUCCCAAGAAAAAGCGAAGAAAGAGCGUCAUCACUCUAGCUGAACUCGAGAAAACAUUGGAUCGCAUCUGCGACGGCGACUUUCGCGACAUGCAAGAAUACAGAACAAGCAAAGAUCUCUUUUCAUAAAGACACCUUGGUGUCGUCACGGUUUGAUGUCAAUUAAAACGUGUCGCAUAAUUUCAACUCACGCGAGAACACGAGAGACGUCGG